CGAUGAGUGAGAAGAGAGGCUUGACGCUUGCAAACCGUUUCUCUAUCUAUCGAAUUCACUAUGGGAAAACGAACAGCGGAGAAUUCAGGCCCUUCAGUGCCGUCUGGGGAUGGUGAGGCGGCGCAUCCUGAGAUGGGCACUGAUGGUCGUCCUGAGAGACAGCCUACCUUUCAAGAUUAUAUGAGAGUCUUCAAGUAUGCUUCGAAAUGGGACUUUCUGGCCUAUACGGUUGGCGUAAUUGCCUCGAUUGGUGUUGGCAUAACAUUGCCUUUGUUGAACAUCGUCUUUGGACAAUUCGCUAGCAAGUUCUCUGACUAUGCUGGCACUGAAACGCUUCCAGGCGAUGAGUUCCGCUCAAAGCUUAGCGAACUUUGUCUGUACCUACUUGGUCUCUUCCUCGGUCGCCUGGUACUUGGCUACAUCAACAACUUCGCAUUUCGUAUGACUGGUGUGCGAAUAACCUCAGCCAUCCGACAGGACUACUUUACAGCUCUUUUCUCUCAGAGCGUCCAUGUGCUGGACUCUAUGCCUCCUGGAUAUGCGACCACGAUCAUCACGACCACCGGCAACACGCUGCAGCUUGGAAUCUCCGAGAAGCUGGGUGUUUUCGUCGAGUACAAUGCCACCAUGAUUGCCUCCAUCAUUGUCGCUUUCAUCUAUAGCUGGCAGCUCUCCCUCGUGACAUUCACUGCCGUGGUCUUCAUCACUUUCAGUGUCAGCUUGGUGCUGCCUUAUAUCACCAAGGGCCAGACAAACCAGACCAAAUCAGAAGCCAUGGCGAUGUCUGUUGCUAGUGAAGCUAUGAGUGGUAUCCGAAUGAUCGUAGCUUACGGUGCUGAAUCACGCAUUGGUAACAAGUACGGUAAAUUCGUCGAAGAGGCCAAGAAGCAUGCGCAAUUUGCUGGCCCGUUUAUCGCACUUCAAUAUGGCUUAGUGUUCUUCAGCAGUUACGCCGCGUUUGGCCUCGCAUUCUGGUAUGGCACCAGGCUUUUGCUCGACGAUAAGAUCAAUCAGCUCGGAGCGAUCAUUGUCGUUUUGUUCUCUGUCAUGAUGAUUGUGACGGCAAUGGAGCGAAUCUCCACGCCCCUUCUCGCAGUCAGCAAAGCGACAGUAGCAGCUUGCGAGUUCUUCACUGUCAUCGAUGCACCUAGGCCCGAGCCUGGCCAUCUCACAGAUCCAGAUGUGUCUGCAACCGAGGACAUCAUCUUGGAAGACGUGACUUUCGCUUAUCCCAGUCGACCGCAUGUCAAGAUUCUCGAUAAUCUUAACUUGCGAAUCGAGACCGGCAAGGUAACUGCCAUUGUGGGCCCCUCUGGCUCAGGCAAGAGUACGAUCGUCGGUCUUGUUGAACGGUGGUACAGUCUAAAGGAGCAGUACGUGAUUUCCAAGCCUGUCGAGAAGCCAGCAAGGGGAGAUGCCGACAAGAAGAAGAAUGGCGACAAAGAGGAGGAUGAGCAAGAGCCACAAGAGCUUUCCUUCGCAGGAGACGAAACAGGUCCGCCUGUUGAACUCCAUGGCAGCAUUUCUACGUGCGGCCAAUCACUUGAUGACAUCAACGUGAAGUGGUGGCGAUCACAAAUUGGCCUUGUUCAGCAAGAGCCGUUCCUGUUCAAUGAUACCAUCUACAGCAACGUUCUCAAUGGUCUCAUCGGGACGAAGUGGGAGAAUGAACCUGAAGAGAAGAAGAGGGCGAUGGUACAUGAGGCAUGUAGGGAAGCAUUUGCAGACGAGUUCAUUGAGAAACUUCCCGAGGGCUACAACACCGCCGUCGGUGAAGUCGGCAUCAAACUCUCAGGCGGCCAACGUCAACGCAUCGCCAUCGCCCGCGCCAUCAUCCGCCGUCCAGCAAUCCUCAUCCUCGACGAAGCAACAAGCGCAAUCGACGUCCGCGGCGAACGAAUCGUACAACAAGCCCUAGACCGAGCCUCAAAGAACAGAACAACCAUCGUCAUCGCACAUCGCCUUUCUACUAUCAAGAAGGCUGACCGUAUUGUUGUUUUGAGACAAGGGCAGGUUAUUCAGUCUGGCACUCACGAGAGUCUUCUUACUGAUGAGGCUGGUCUUUACUAUAAUCUUGUCAAUGCCCAGGCGCUAUCACUGGGAGAACAAAAGGAGGAUCAUGACGUUCCUGUCAAGGAGGAGAGGUCGUCUUCUGUUCAUGAGAAGGCACAUACAGAGUCCAUCAUCGAAGACAAGCCCGAAGAGAGGAAAGCCAAAAACAAAGGCCUCUUAGCCAGCUUCGGCCGAUUCUUCUACGAGACCAAGUCCAAUUGGUGGAUGAUGGCAUUAACCCUCUUCUUCUCCGCCUGCGCCGGUGCAGCCGUUCCCUUCCAAGCCUGGCUCUUCGCCAAAGUCAUCAUCGUCUUCGGUUAUCUCCCCGACGAGUCCAAAGUCAGAAGCGAGAGUUCCUUCUGGUCGCUUAUGUGGACCGUCCUCGCCAUUUCAGCAGGUCUCGCCUACUGCGCUACUUUCUUUUUAUCUACACGCACUGCUAGCACUAUUCGUGCCAAGUACCAGAAGCAGUACUUCCUUUCUAUCUUACAUCAGAAGGUUUCGUUCUUCGAUCAUGAUGAUCAUUCUCAGGGUACCAUGGCUGCUAGAAGCGCUGAAGAUCCACGUCAACUUGAAGAGCUCUUAGGCUCCAAUAUGGCCAGCGUGUUCAUCGCCCUUUGGACUCUCAUGGGAACUAUCGCCAUCGCCCUUGCCUUUGCUUGGAAGCUAGCCCUUGUGUCUCUUUGCGUGGUUGUCCCCAUCCUGCUUGGCGCUGGCUAUUGGCGAAUGCGGUAUGAGAUCAAGUUUGAGGAGAUGAACAACGCCGUAUUCGUCGACAGCUCCAAGUUCGCAUCCGAAGCAAUCGGUGCAUUCCGUACAGUGUCGUCUUUCACUCUUGAAGGUUCUAUCUGCGACCAGUUCCGCACUCUCAACAGCAAUCAUGUCAAGGACGCCUUCAAAAAGGCUCGUUGGGUGAGCUUGCUGUAUGCCUUCUCCGACAGUGCGACCAUUGGAUGCCAGGCUAUCGUCCUGUACUACGGCGGCCGCCUGCUUCUCAGCGGAGAGUAUGACUUGGAGAGUUUCUUCGUGUGCUUCAUGUCUGUGUUGAACGCGGGCGAGACAACUGGACGCGCACUCAGCUUUGGCCCCAACGUCGCUCAAGUACGUGCAGCUGCCAACCGGAUCCUUGGAUUGAGGGACAGUCAGGUGAAGGAUGGAUCUGAGGCUAUUGGAGAGCAAUUCAUAUCUCAUGGUGAUGGCAUGAAGAUUGAGCUGGACAACAUUCACUUCAAGUAUCCUACACGCGACGUGCCAGUCUUUCAAGGGCUCAGUCUCACGAUCGAGAAGGGCCAGUUUGCCGCUCUUGUUGGCGCGUCAGGGAGUGGAAAGAGUAGCAUUGUCUCGCUUCUUGAAAGAUUCUACGAUCCCGAUCAUGGUCGUAUUCUCUGCAACGGUCAAGACAUCGCCGCCAACAAUGUCUACACGUACCGUCGUCAUCUCUCACUGGUAGCGCAAGAGUCGAGCUUAUUCCAAGGUACACUGCGCGAGAACAUUCUUCUCGGCGUCGAAGACACCGUUGACGACGCAACUGUCCAUCGUGUAUGUCAAGAAGCUUCCAUACACGAGUUCAUUAUGUCUCUCCCAGAAGGAUACCAAACUCAGGUAGGAUCACGAGGCGUGACCCUCUCAGGAGGACAAAGACAGCGUGUCGCUAUCGCCCGAGCUUUGAUGCGGAACCCCGAUAUUUUACUCCUCGAUGAAGCUACAAGUUCUCUUGACUCGGAGAGUGAAAAGCUGGUUCAAGAGGCAUUUGAGCGGGCGGGCAAAGGGCGCACUAUGGUCGUCGUUGCCCAUCGUCUUGCGACAGUGCAAAAUGCCGACGUAAUCUUUGUCCUUGGUGAAGGCAAGUUGAUUGAGAAGGGGAGCCAUCGUGAGCUACUUGCUGCUCGUGGUGUUUACUGGCAGAUGUGUCAAAGCCAGGCUUUGGACAAGUAGAUGAUCCUAUUGAGUUUUAAUAAUGUCGCUGUCGUAAGAACUUAACUUGACUGUAUUUAUUGUAUUAAAAUUUAUUU